GGCCGUUAGUGGGUAGACUUCGCGUCACGUGACUAAAGAAGAUGGCGGCCUCCACGAGCGCCGGCGGCUUCCGGGUUGUAGCGGCGGGGGCCGGAGCCGAGUCUCCCGGGAGCGGGGACGUGCCCGAGGGGGAGCAGCCGGCGCCCCCCGGCGACCUGCGCAGCGUCCUGGUCACCAGCGUCCUCAGCCUGGAGCCCCUGGACCUGGAUCUGUUCAGGGGGAGGCACUACUGGGUCCCCGUCACACGGAGGCUGUUCGGCGGGCAGAUAGUGGGCCAGGCUCUGGUGGCAGCUGCCAAGGCCGUGAGUGAGGACGUCCAUGCCCACUCCCUGCACUGUUACUUUGUGCGAGCAGGGGAUCCCACGGUGCCAGUUCUAUACCAGGUGGAGCGCACACGCACAGGGAAGAGCUUCUCUGUUCGCUCAGUGAAGGCAAUUCAGCAUGGGAAGCCAAUCCUCAUCUGCCAGGCCUCCUUCCAGCAGAGCCAGGAGAGCCCCGUUCAGCACCAGUUCACCAUGCCUACUGUGCCGCCUCCGGAGGAGCUGCUGACUCAAGAAGAGCUAAUUCAGAAAUACCUGCAGGAUCCCAACUUGGUGGAGAAACACAGGCUGGGACUCAACAAGAUUCUGGCCCAGGAGGUGCCAGUUGAGAUCAAGCCUGUGAACCCACCAGAGAUACUCUGCCAGCUGCCUCAGGAGCCCAAGCAGCUGUUCUGGGUUCGGGCACGAGGCUAUAUUGGAGAGUGCGAUAUGAAGCUGCACUGCUGCGUGGCUGCCUACAUCUCCGACUAUGCCUUCCUGGGCACAGCUCUGCUCCCGCACCGGCAGCAUCCUGUCAAGUUCAUGGUGUCCCUCGACCACUCCAUGUGGUUCCACGCCCCCUUCCGAGCUGACCACUGGAUGCUGUACGAGUGUGAGAGCCCCUGGGCCGGUGGGUGCCGAGGGCUGGUGCAUGGGCGGCUGUGGCGCAGGGAUGGAGUCCUGGCUGUCACCUGCGCACAGGAAGGAGUCAUCAGAGUGAAGCAGAGCCCAGCUGAGAGCAAACUGUAGCUGGACAAGUCAGCAGCAGCCACAUUCCCACCCUGCUCUGGGGGUGCAGAGCUGGGCCCCUGCACAGAGAUGGGUGUGACCAGGCUCUGGGCCAGGAGUGGAGAGAAGCCUCAAGCCAGCAGGAUCUGCUGCUGGGAGCCUCAGCACAGCCUGUGACCGCUGCAGGCUGCACCGUAGGGACCACGCAGUCACACGCAAGCCACGGGAAUAGCAGUUUUAUUGGCUGUUAGUUACAGAGUGUCCUGUCAGAUGCUGUCCUCAGCCUCCCCCACCUACCUCUAAUAAAGCCUCCAUGGCCCACCAAGACUCA